CCACUUUCCUGGGUCCAUCUUCCACUAGUGUUACAACAUCUGUUUUCAUCUCUCAAAGCUUAAGUGUCCAUAACUAAACCUUAUUUUGUUUUUUUACUUCAGUUGUUACUGCGAUAGAAUGAAGCUCAUUUAUGCGGUCAUCGUGGCCCUCAUUGGUCAACUGGUCAGUGCUGAUCAACAACAACAGCUGGCUUUGUCUUCAGCCUCGUCAGAUUUCUCCCAAAGACUUUACCAGAAUGUUGCUCUAAAUGAACAUAGCAUUGUCUACUCACCCUACAGCAUCCAUUCAGCCUUGACCAUGACGUCACUAGGAGCAAGGGGAGAUACUGAAACUGAAAUGAAGAACACACUCGGCAUUACUUCCCUUGGUAACUCUGUCCACACAAUCUAUAAGGAGCUGAUCGAACAGAUAAACUCCGUAACAGAUGUGGAGCUCAAUACCGCGAACGCCAUCUUUGUUAAACCUAACUUCCAGAUUGUUCCAAAGUUUACCCAAGACACAACAGACUAUUAUUCAGCCCAAACCGCCAACAUUGAUUUAUCCGCUAAUGGAGGUCCUGAGAAACCAAUCAACGACUACAUAGCGAACAAAACUGAAAACAUUAUUCAAAAUGUUCUUCAACCAGGAACCAUUGAUGAUGAUACGGUAAUGCUUCUGAUUAACACAAUAUUUUUUAACGGGACCUGGGAAGCUACUUUUGAUAAGCACCAAACAAGGAAUCAGGAUUUCAAUCAACUUCCGUACGUAGUAAAACAGGUUGAGAUGAUGACUGAUGACAGAAAUGUCAACAUAAAAAGAGAUGAUGUCAACAAGGUGGAUAUCGCUGAGCUCCCCUUUAAAGGAGGUAGAUUUAGCUUUUACAUUGCUUUACCACAAGCAAUAGAUGGCAUCACUGACCUAGAACAACUAUUAGCUCGACCAGAAAGAGUCAAGCAACUAUUUACUGGACUUAGCAGCGUGCGAGUUCAACUCUCCAUCCCUAAAUUCAAGACAGAGACAACGCUGUCUUUAAAUACUCCCUUGAAAGACAUGGGCAUUAGAAAAGCUUUUAUUUCAAAAGUUGCCGACUUCAGUGGAAUAACGUCAGCGAAAAUUUUCAUCAGCCAAGUUCUACACAAAGCUGUGAUCGAGGUCAUGGAAACUGGAACUGUGGCUGCUGCAGCGACUGUCGUUGUACUAGUUACUGAGUCUGCUCAACUACCCCCCACAGAAAGUUUCAUCGCUGACCAUCCUUUCGUGUACUUCCUGAGAGACAAUCAAACUGGACAGAUUCUCUUCCAAGGGAAAUUCUCGGGUUAAAACUUAAAAGUUUUUUUGUUGUUGUAUUUACUUGUUUUCCAUUGAACAUUAAAUAAUGACGCAAUAA